AUGAGGACUGUGUUCCUGCUGCUGCUCCUCUGGGCCGUGGCCUGUGCUCACCCUGUACCUGGUCGUGAGCCCACCUACCCCAGUGCCCAGCAGAAGGACACAGCAAAUGAAGAUUACAUCAACGUCCUAGAUGGUGGAGAAGGCAGACAUGCUCCUGCCAGUGCAGAGAGGGGGGACAAUGCCCUUGCCAGGGACCUGGUGGGUGGGAAUGACGUGGAUGAGGAGCUGGGCAAGUACAGUGGCCGAGACAAGGGAGACCCAGUUGGGCAGGCUCAGCAUGUGAACCAGGUGGACCACGAGGACAUGAGUGCCCACAAUAGGAACGACCUUGGUUUCCUGGAGGAGGAUGCACGUGAUGAUGGUGACAACAGAGAGCACUACAGCCCUGGAGUCCAUGGGCUUCCCUCCCAUGCUGGUGGGUUCCUGGACGAGGAGGAUGACAGUGGGGAUGACACCUUUGAUGAGAAUGGGGAAGAGGAGCGGGGCGAAGGUCCCACGUACGUGGCUGGUGCUGAUGGGGCAGGGCACGGUGACAGCAGCAGCAGCAGCAGCAGUGAGAGCGUCGGGGCAGAUCACUGGAGGUACAGGAGCUACCCUGGCAGCCGCUAUGAGCCGACCUACAGGCAGGGAGGGGCCAGCAGCAGCAGUCAGGAGGAGGAGAGCUAUGACUUUGAGGAUGAAGCCAUGCAGGGUGAUGACCCCUCUGUCUUUGAUGGCCUGGGCAGCAGCUACAAGGUGCGCUAUGCUGGCCCCCGUGCCAUGGGGAGCAGCAGAGAGGGUGUCCAGGAGGCUGGAUCCCACCACUGGGAGGAGGGGGAUAGUAGGUCCCCAGAGGUGGAGGAUUCUGGGGAAGACAGCCCAUCCGUGGAGGACAACAGUCAGUCAGAAGAGCCUGUGGACAGCCAGUCAGAGGAAGAAAGCUCCAGCCGCUCCAGGGAGGAUGGGGAUGGGGAGGACAGCCCCUCCAGGGAGGAUGAGGACAGCAAGUCCAGGGAGAGCACCGAGGACCAGUCAGAUGAAGAGCCAAGAGAGUCCCCAGAGGUGGUGAACACACUGAACCAGCACAGCUGGAACUGGGAAGGGCAGGAGGACCGGGAGUCUGCUGAGGACAGGAGUGUGCUGUCCACGCCUGACAGCGAGUCUGGGGAAGAAGAGGGUGAGCAGAGCAAGUCUAGGGAAGAUGAUGAUGCCCAGAGCCAGUCCACAGAGGAGUCGAGGGAGGACGAGAAUGACUCUGACUCCGAGCCGAGCACAUCAGCCGAGAGCCAAAGCGCGUCCCCAGAGGACGACAGCAGCCCGGAGGACAACACGGGUGAGGACAGCAGGUCCACAGAGAGUGCCGACAGUGAGUCCCAGGAGGAUGGUGGUGAGGACAGCCCCUCGCAGGAGGAUGCCACCAGGGAGUCCAGCAGCCACGGGGACGACAACUCUCUGCAGAGCCUGGGCAGCGCGAGCCGCCGGCGCCGCCCGGGAGCCUUGCGCAGCAAACCUGCUGCUGACUACGACGACAACGACUGCCAGGACGGGUACUGA